UUCUUACAAACAUAUAUAAGAUAACAAGGGGGGGAAACAAAGCGUAGUGACUACGCCUUCUUCAGCCCAGUUUACUCUUUCUCUUUCAUUUUCCGGUCGCCGCCACUCUCCUCCGCCUUCUUCCCCAUCAGAUGUCUUUUGAUCUCGGUGAAAGGCAUCAUUGGUUACGUCACUUCGCCUUUUGUUUCAUGAAUCGCGGUCGUUUUUGUUGUUCACGGAAGAAUUUGUUUCGUCACUGGACUUGAUCAAAGGGUUUUCUUUGUUCAAGUCAAAUACCCAUUUGAUUUCCUUUUCCCCCUCUUUAUCUUUAUCUUUCUUUUAGAAUAUUCUUCAAUUUUGUCUCUAUCGCACUCAAUUUUACUUGUUGACUGUAAAGGAUCUUCCCGGGGUGUGGGACGUUCUGAUUCGACUGUACCAAUGGUGAAGAAGACGUCCCGUUUUCCUGGAAUGAGAUUCUAUCCCACUGAUGUUGAACUUAUUAAGUUCUAUCUGAAAAGAAAGAUUAUGGGGAAACGCCUUCCUGAAGUUAUAGCUGAAGUUAAUAUUUACAAGUUUUCUCCAUGGGAUCUUCCAGAUAAAGCUCUUUUAAAAACUGGGGAUCUUGAAUGGCUUUUCUUCUGCCCUAAAGAGAUGAAAUAUGGUACUGGAAUUAGGUUUAAUCGUGCUGUAGAAGGUGGAUACUGGAAAUCCACUGGAAGGGAUAGGCCUGUUAGGCAAGAUGAAGCCGCUGUGGGGAUGAUAAAGACUCUGGUUUUUCAUAUAGGACAAGCCCCAAAAGGUGAUAGAACUAACUGGGUCAUCCACGAAUAUAGGAUUGUAGACCCAUUAUUGGCUGAAGCUGGGUUUAUCCAGGAUGCAUAUGUUUUAUGCAAAUUGUUUCAGAAAAGUGGGUCUGGCCCCAAAAAUGGUGAACAACAUGGAGCACCAUUCAAAGAGGAAGAAUGGGACAGCGAUGAUGAAGGAGAUGAUCCCCUUUUGGCAUAUUACAAAAUUUCAGAAAAAGUUCUUCCUGAAGUUCAACGGGGAGAAUGCAGUGGUUAUGCUACAACUGAGGUUCCUUUACCUGAACCUGCUGUUCAAACCUUUGUUGAGGAUGACAGUCUUACUGUCAUGAUGGGAAAUUUUACUGCUGAGAUGCCUGGAGGUAAUGAAACUAGUGGUGGCGUAGUUCUGGAGGGACCUGUUCUUGAAGAUGGCAAUGACAUCUUUUCCGGGCUAGCCGAUUUGGGUGAUUGGAGGGGUUUUGAUGAAGUAAGCCCAUCACCCUUAACCGUGGCCUAUGAUCAUGGUCUUUGUUUAGGUUUGGACGACCUAAAAUACCCAUUGGAGGAUAGUUCUGCACCUUCCCAUUAGAGUUCUUCUUUCCUUUUUUUUUUCUUUUCUGAAACAAUUAUCCAUUUGAUCUCCCAUCUCAUCUCAUUUAUAAAUAUGCAAAUAAAUCUUUGAACUGAUUCAUAUGUGUUUUUGAACUCUGUAUAUUGAUGCUCAACAUUGACUA